AUGGCGGAGCGCGGACAGCAGCCUCCUCCCGCGAAACGGCUCUGCUGCCGGCCGGGCGGCGGCGGCGGCGGCGGCGGGGGCAGCAGCGGCGGCGGCGGCGCUGGUGGCGGCUACAGCUCUGCCUGUCGGCCCGGCCCGCGGGCGGGCGGUGCGGCGGCGGCGGCGGUGUGCGGGGGCGGCGCGGCACUGGGACUGCUGCCGCCGGGCAAGACCCAGAGCCCCGAGUCUCUGCUGGACAUCGCAGCGCGCAGGGUGGCGGAGAAGUGGCCGUUCCAGCGCGUGGAGGAGCGCUUCGAGCGCAUCCCGGAGCCGGUGCAGCGCCGCAUCGUCUACUGGUCCUUUCCCCGCAGUGAGCGGGAGAUCUGCAUGUACUCGUCCUUCAACACCGGCGGCGGCUCCACGGGCGGCCCCGGCGACGACAGCGGCGGCCCCGGCGGCACGGGCGGCGGCGCGGGCGGCGGCGGCUCCUCAUCCUCGCCGGCUGCCACCUCAGCUGCCGCCACCGCCGCCACGGGCACCGGGACCCCGUCGGUGGGGGCGGCCAGCGCUGCGGACGGCGGCGACGAGACGCGGCUGCCCUUCCGCCGGGGUAUCGCGCUGCUGGAGAGUGGCUGCGUAGACAACGUCCUGCAAGUCGGUUUCCACUUGAGUGGCACAGUCACGGAACCUGCAGUACAGUCGGAGCCAGAAACCAUUUGCAAUGUGGCCAUCAGCUUUGAUCGUUGCAAGAUUACCUCAGUGACCUGCAGCUGUGGAAACAAGGACAUAUUUUACUGUGCCCAUGUUGUGGCAUUGUCUUUAUACCGCAUCCGCAAGCCAGAUCAGGUCAAACUGCACCUUCCCAUCUCAGAGACUCUCUUCCAGAUGAACAGAGACCAGCUGCAGAAGUUUGUUCAGUAUUUGAUCACAGUGCACCACACCGAAGUCUUGCCAACUGCUCAGAAGCUAGCAGAUGAAAUUCUUUCCCAGAAUUCAGAAAUCAACCAAGUUCAUGGUGCUCCUGAUCCCACGGCAGGUGCUAGCAUCGACGAUGAGAACUGCUGGCACUUGGAUGAAGAGCAGGUGCAGGAGCAGGUUAAACUGUUCCUUUCCCAGGGAGGGUACCAUGGAUCGGGGAAGCAACUUAACUUGCUCUUUGCAAAGGUGCGGGAGAUGUUGAAGAUGAGAGACUCCAAUGGGGCCCGUAUGUUGACCUUGAUCACAGAGCAGUUCAUGGCUGACCCUCGCCUGUCACUUUGGAGGCAGCAAGGCACUGCAAUGACUGACAAAUACAGGCAGCUCUGGGAUGAGCUUGGUGCUCUCUGGAUGUGUAUAGUAUUAAACCCUCACUGUAAGUUGGAGCAGAAGACAAGCUGGCUAAAACAGCUGACAAAAUGGAACAGUGUUGAUGUCUGUCCCUGGGAAGAUGGAAAUCAUGGCGGUGAAUUACCCAACCUAACCAAUGCCCUGCCUCAGGGUGCAAAUGCCAGCCAAGAUUCAUCGAACAGGCCCCAUCGGACAGUGUUCACCAGAGCCAUCGAGGCAUGUGAUCUCCACUGGCAGGAUAGUCACUUGCAGCACAUUAUCAGCAGUGACCUGUACACCAACUACUGUUACCAUGACGACACUGAAAACUCCCUCUUUGACUCCCGAGGGUGGCCUCUCUGGCAUGAACAUGUUCCGACAGCCUGUGCGAGAGUGGAUGCAUUGCGCUCUCAUGGGUACCCCAGAGAAGCCCUGAGAUUAGCAAUAGCUAUUGUGAACACAUUACGGCGACAGCAACAGAAACAGUUGGAAAUGUUCCGGACUCAAAAAAAAGAGCUACCCCAUAAAAGUAUAACCUCAAUAACCAAUCUGGAAGGCUGGGUUGGACACCCCUUAGACCCCGUGGGUACUCUCUUCAGCAGCCUCAUGGAGGCUUGCCUCACUGAGGAUGAAACCUUCUCUGGGCUCCCAGAUUUUACAGAAAACGUGGGGCAGUGCAAGUCCCUGGAAUACCAUCAUCUGCCUGCACACAAGUUCUUAGAAGAAGGGGAAUCCUAUGUGACGCUGGCUGUGGAAGUGGCCCUGAUAGGACUGGGGCAGCAGCGGAUCAUGCCUGAUGGGUUGUACACUCAAGAGAAAGUUUGCCGGAAUGAAGAGCAGCUCAUUUCUAAGCUUCAGGAAAUUGAAUUGGAUGACACCUUGGUGAAAAUUUUUCGCAAGCAAGCAGUCUUCCUGUUAGAAGCUGGCCCAUACAGUGGUUUAGGUGAAAUAAUCCACCGGGAGAGUGUUCCAAUGCACACAUUUGCCAAGUAUCUCUUCACCUGUCUGCUACCUCAUGAUGCUGAACUGGCAUACAAAAUUGCACUGAGAGCGAUGCGGUUACUAGUAUUGGAAUCUACUGCUCCAACAGGAGACCUCACCCGCCCCCACCACAUCGCAUCAGUUGUCCCCAACCGAUACCCUCGUUGGUUCACUUUAAGUCACAUUGAAUCCCAGCAAUGUGAGCUGGCAUCCACCAUGCUAACUGCAGCCAAAGGCGAUGUUCGGAGGCUGGAAACAGUAUUAGAAUCCAUCCAGAAAAACAUUCACUCCUCAUCACACAUCUUUAAGCUUGCCCAGGAUGCAUUUAAAAUAGCAACCCUCAUGGACAGUUUGCCAGACAUCACUCUUUUGAAAGUAUCUCUGGAGCUGGGCCUGCAGGUAAUGCGAAUGACACUGUCAACCCUCAAUUGGCGACGGCGAGAAAUGGUGCGGUGGCUGGUGACAUGUGCUACUGAAGUUGGUGUUUAUGCCCUGGAUAGCAUCAUGCAGAGCUGGUUUACACUGUUCACCCCCACCGAGGCCACAAGUAUUGUUGCAACUACCGUGAUGUCCAACAGCACCAUAGUCCGCCUCCAUCUGGACUGCCACCAGCAGGAAAAGCUGGCCAGCAGUGCCCGGACACUGGCGUUGCAGUGCGCCAUGAAGGACCCUCAGAAUUGCGCCCUCUCUGCACUGACCCUCUGUGAAAAGGAUCACAUAGCUUUUGAGACGGCGUACCAAAUUGUCCUCGAUGCUGCUACCACCGGCAUGAGCUACACACAGCUCUUUACAAUAGCACGGUACAUGGAGCACCGCGGGUACCCCAUGAGGGCCUACAAGCUGGCAACCCUGGCCAUGACCCAUCUCAACCUGAGCUACAAUCAGGACACACACCCUGCCAUUAAUGACGUUCUGUGGGCCUGUGCACUUAGUCACUCCCUUGGUAAAAAUGAGCUCGCAGCUAUCAUACCUCUGGUGGUGAAGAGUGUCAAGUGCGCAACGGUACUGUCAGACAUUUUGCGCAGAUGCACUCUGACCACUCCUGGCAUGGUGGGACUUCACGGAAGGAGGAACUCUGGUAAGCUCAUGUCACUGGACAAAGCCCCUUUGAGGCAACUCUUGGAUGCCACGAUCGGGGCCUAUAUCAACACGACGCACUCACGGCUCACCCACAUCAGCCCUCGGCACUAUAGUGAGUUCAUCGAGUUCCUCAGCAAGGCCCGAGAGACCUUCCUUAUGGCACACGACGGACACAUUCAGUUUACACAGUUCAUUGACAACCUGAAGCAAAUCUACAAAGGCAAAAAGAAACUGAUGAUGCUGGUUCGGGAGAGGUUUGGUUGAUAGACCUUGUAUGAGUGGGUGGGGGUGGGGCGGGAGGGACGGUUUGUUUUUACUUGAGCCUGCCUUUGUACCCUUUUUAACUUAAAGAACAGAGCCACACCGGUAUUAUAUGUGUAUAGUUCUAUUGCGUUUGCAGACUAAAUUGUCAUGUUGUGAAAGUUUGUGUGUUUUUCAGUUUUUCCCUUUCUCUUUCCUUUUGUUUUUAAUUCUUUUUUAUCGGUUUGUGUGAGAGAGGUUGAAAAGGUUUGGUUUACACUGAGUAUAUGUUGUCAAGUGGCGAAAGUCCACAUAGCUCUCCUGUUUUCUGUAUACGUUCACAGCCUCAAAAAAAAAAAAUAAUUGAAAUGGCUUUAAAAACCAAACAAAACACCUCCAUCCUGUGAUAAGUACCUCGAAUGGAUUCAGCUUUACUCCUUUGUAACCCAUCUUCACAUUUUCAGCAUAUUUAACAAACCAACAAAACGAAGUAGCAGUAGUGAAAAGGCUGACCCGCGUGGCUUUGCAGUGCUGUCCAUCCAGAAGCAUGGCACACGAUGCUUGUGCAUGUGGAAACUUAGCGACUGUCAACAUACAUUCUCAGGGAUUUAUCCAAAAAAUUAAAAAAGAAUGAGAGCAUUUAUUGUACUGUAUAUAUAUUAUAGUAUAUGUCUGAAUAUUGAAAAUAUAACAUUAACUAAUUUAUAAAAAAUAUUCUAUGUAAUGCAAAAUACUUGAAGCUGCAGUAGCUUGGUUUUAAACAAAAACAAAAAAAUGGAGAGAAAACCUAUCAGAAGGACUAAAAAGUAGGCCUUGCUUCGAGGUUGGCUCAGGCAGUGACCUUCAAGCGGGGCAUCUGCAGAGCCACCUUCGGACUGCGCAGUUGGACUGAGCUCUAUCGGGAAGAUUCCAUACAUAUAUAUAUCUAUACAGCUUCUGUAUGCAUAUGUAUAUGUAUACACAGACACCAACAACCACUACACCACACAUGCUUGUAACAGGCACUCGAAUAGAGGGACAAUACACAGCCAGAGCAGCAAGCCUUAGCAUUAAGAAUACACAGUAUGCCAGAACUGGGGUUCGUGCCUCCUAGCCUAGGAAACUUAAAAUAUCCUUUUGACACAAAACGCAAAAUGUUUUCCAAAACAAUUGACAUGAUCCAUUACGCCUUUGCAGUGUGCUAAGUAAGCUAACGUUUGUGCACAGAUAACAUUAUAUAUAUUAUAUCUAUUCUGCAUAGGUCUUCUGACUUUGUGCAGGACAGAAAGUUGUGUAGGUAUGACUGUUCUACUUUUCGGUUCUCUCUUUUUUUAAUAUAUUUUAUUUUCUCUAGAAUUACUCAAACAAAAGCAGCCUUCUAUCUUGCCUUGUCUUAAUGCUUUAAAAUAACCAAACUGGAGAUGUAACUACCAAACUGUUCAUUCUACUAUUAAAAUACCAACCUUGGUUACAGUGUAGUGUCUUUACUUUAGCUGAUGGUUCUGUAACCUUGUGCUUCUUAAAGCAACUUUUAUGUUUUGGUGCAAAAGUUGUCCCGUGUCUCUUGUUCCCUUCAUUAGAGAACAUGCUAGAGGUAUGUUUGUAGGUCUUUUUGUUUAGAAGAACUAUCUCAUGCGCUCCAUUUUAUUUAUUAUAAUAGAUAAAAAGAAAAAAAAAGGUUGUACUUCAUCACUCAUGUAAACAUGCUCAUGAAGUUGAAAGUAAUUAAGAUUUGAUACACUGAUAUCAAUUUAUUUAUGUAACUAAAUCACUGUUUUAUAAACUUGUUAAUGAUCAACAAUUUUUGUUUUGAUUAAAAUUAGUUUUUUG